CUGCGCUGCAAAAAGGGGCGCACCAGACGAGAUCAUCAUUGUAUGAGACAGGGGGUGGAUGUUUUUGCUUCUCCGAUUUUUUUCCUAGAGAAUACAAGCCAUGCUAUUGCUAGCCCUCGCAAGUUUCAGAAGCAUACGCGCCUCUUUCGACGGGGCAACCGAUGGUGGAUUUUUUGCAUCUAGUGUCCGCCGUACUCUGACUCACGUUUGCUCGAAAUAAGUGCUUAAAUAGCUAAAAGUAGUUGGAACUGGAAGGAAGGAGUUGUGGGUCCUUCGCGAAUUAGGGAAGUGGUUUAGUAGAUGUACGCAUUCACAUGGUAGGAAGAAGUCUUUUUUGUGUUUCAUGAUUUUCCCAUUCCAAAGUAAACUCAGGUAGUGCUCAUUUAUUUUCCUUCUGGUCCCCCAGAGAGAAUUACCCCAAGGACGCAUCGCAAGAGCCGCUACUUGUGUGUCUCGGCGUAAGUACAACUUUCACCGUUUCUGGAUCGCUGGAGUUUUCAACCGAACUUUUUCUGAAUCUACCGCUAGAAAUUCGGCGUACGAGCGCAAGCAGAGCGCACGAUUCGUUUCUCUUGGCUGACGACGUGUGUUCAUCAGUACUCUGUCUAUGAACCAAUCGGCUUUAUUUCUGCGACGACAAGUUCACAUACACUGAUUCCAGGCUCUCUUAGUCUUCGCAGUUGCUUCUACCAUGAAGGUCGUUUUUCGGUUUCUGUCGUUUGCGAAAGUUGCCCACGUGGCGAGCGUUUUUGUCAACAAAACAACUUCAUCGGCGGGCUUCGGAUGGCUGCGGGGCAACGGCGAUGUGACGGAAUCUUCCCUACUGUGUGCAGAGCAGUCGCCGGCAUCAUGCACCUCCUACACCAGUGGCCUUGACACAGGUGAAAAAACGCCGCAAAGCCUUCAAGUUGCUGCUCCUUCCAGAGUCGCGUUGCUGCUGAUCGACGUUCAAGAGGACUUCUGGUCCGCGAACCCCAACAUACAGGCUGCAUUCCCGAACUUCCCCGGCAAAAUUGAAGAGCUGCUACGGCGCGCGAGGGAGGGAGGGACUUUGAGGCCCGGAGUGGGUGACGGUGCGGGUGCGCUUCCGAUGAAAGAGGACCAAGUAGGUGAAGCCAAAACCGGAGUCGAUCUAAUCGUUCACGUGCGCGCGGUUUACGGACCGGAGAAAGGCUCGCGCUGGACGGAAUUCUUUUCAGAACUGAAUCCGGAGAAAAUUGCAGCAGGAGUGAGGAACACGCCAGAGCCUUUCGCACUCAGUCGGGCAGAAAUAGAGAAGACAGGUCAAAAUCUCCAUGUCGAAUUUAAGAAGAAGGUUUGGGGCUGCAUUCAGGAGGAACAUUUGGAGGGCGCGGAUCUUCGAGUAAGCGUUGACCCAGUUAUCGUCCCUGCGAGCAGCGGCAACGAAAACGAUGAGCCGUACAUGUCCGAGCGUAAUGCUUCUACUAGUACAUUCGGGGCAGAGAGCCGCGGUUCAUCCGCUUGUCCCACUUCGACCGGCCCGAAAGAAGUUGUCCUGGAGAAGCCGAACUUUGACGCGUUUCUGGACACGGGGCUCGACGGAAUGUUGCGCACGCACAAAAUUGAGAAAGUUUUCAUUGCGGGUAUGGUUACGUCGGCCUGCGUGCAGGCUAGUGCUCUGGGCGCGUUCAUGCGCGGGUACAAAGUGUCGCUCCUCGAAGAUUGCCUAGCGGACAGGAGCACGGAGCGGCACGAGGCAAUUUUGAACGUGUACAAGGAUUACGUGUACCGUGUCACGUCGCUUGACGACACCUUCGCGGUACCGACAAAAAAACAGCCUGAAAUUUUGAUGGGCGCAUAGUUAUUUCAUAUGCCAAGCACAAAAAAUGAAAGUUUUGACCUUCUGCGAAAACACGCUGCGACUCUCGCAGCCUGGCUGACUAACUACCAGCUCGUUGUGUAAUGGCAGCUUCAAGAAGAGCGGGGUUUACAUGUUUGUAUAACAAACGAGUUCCGAUCUUCCUCUUCGGAAUACAUGCACUUCUGUCCGCGACUGCUGACAGCGCGCAGCGGUGUGCGCCGAGGGUGUACUAGUUGUCAUCGUGUAUGGAUCAGUCAG